GCUACUAGAUGGCCUGUUGUUUAUCUCUCGUGUUAACAUGGCGACCUUGAAAAAACUGCAACUGCAAGGUCAAAACAUAGCCUUCCUAGUUAGAAGAUGGUGUUCAACAGAACAAUUAUACCCAAAAAUAACAACUCACUAUUCAAUAAUUCCAAGAGAAACAGAUGAAAGAUGGAAAGGUGUAAAGAUGGAAAGGUUUGCUGAUGAAACUGAUGUAAUCAUUGUUGGAGGAGGUCCAGCUGGAAUGUCUGCAGCCAUUAGGUUCAAACAACUUGCUAAUGAACAUGGUAAAGAGUUUCGAGUGUGUCUUGUUGAAAAGGCAGCAGAAGUAGGUGGUCACAUUUUGUCUGGAGCUUGUCUUGAACCUCAUGCUCUGGAUGAGUUGAUUCCAGACUGGAAGGAGAAAGGGGCUCCACUUAAUACUCCAGUGAAGGAAGACAUGUUUGGGCUACUAACAAAGAAACAUAGAAUACCAAUUCCAAUUUUUAAAGGUCUUCCGAUGUAUAAUCAUGGUAACUACUUAGUGCGGUUAGGUAACGUUGUUCGAUGGCUUAGUGAACAAGCUGAAGAUUUAGGUGUUGAAAUAUACCCAGGCUAUGCUGCUAGUGAGGUUUUGUUUCAUGAAGAUGGCAGUGUCAAGGGAAUUGCUACCAAUGAUGUUGGAAUUGCGAAAGAUGGCUCCCCGAAGGACACGUUUGAAAGAGGGAUGGAGUUCCAUGCCAAGUGCACAGUUUUUGCUGAAGGUUGUCAUGGCCAUUUAGCAAAACAACUUUAUAAAAAAUUCAACUUAAGAGAAAAUUGUGAUCCACAAACAUACGCAAUUGGUUUAAAGGAACUCUGGGAAGUUGAUCCAGCCAAUCACCAUCCUGGACGAGUGGAACACACAGUUGGUUGGCCACUUGAAAGAACAGCAUAUGGAGGAUCGUUCAUUUACCACAUAGAUGAAGGGCAGCCACUAGUAUCAAUAGGCUUUGUGAUUGGCUUAGAUUACCAGAAUCCCUACCUCAAUCCAUUUAGAGAAUUCCAAAGGUUUAAACUUCAUCCACAUAUUCGGUCAAUACUAGAAGGAGGAAAACGAAUUGGCUACGGUGCGCGAGCACUAAAUGAAGGAGGGUUCCAAAGCAUUCCAAAACUUACUUUUCCUGGGGGCUGUCUCGUUGGUUGCAGUCCUGGAUUUAUGAAUGUACCCAAGAUCAAAGGAACUCACAAUGCUAUGAAAAGUGCUAUGUUAGCUGCUGAAAGUGUUUUUGAAACUAUUUGUGAUGACACUCAGUCAUCUCCAACUACUGGUGUUGACCCCAAAGUGUAUGAAGAUAAAAUUCGCAAUAGUUGGGUAUGGAAAGAAAUUAGAUCAGUUCGAAAUAUCCGUCCAUCUUUCCACUCUCCACUUGGAAUAUAUGGAACUUUAGCAUAUGGUGCUGUCUUCUACAUGCUGCUUCGAGGAAAAGAACCUUGGACACUCUCUCACAGUGGAGCUGAUUAUCAAAGACUAAAACCAGCAUCAGAGUGUAAACCUAUUGAAUACCCUAAGCCUGAUGGAAUAAUUACCUUUGAUCUGUUAUCUUCUGUGGCUCUUACUGGGACCAAUCAUGAAGAUCAACCUCCUCAUCUAACUCUAAAGGAUGAUACAGUUCCAGUGAAAAGGAAUCACGCCAUCUUUAAUGGACCAGAACAACAAUUUUGUCCUGCAGGUGUCUAUGAAUAUGUACAAACUGAAGAUGGAAAAGAAGUAAGGUUUCAAAUCAAUGCUCAGAACUGCAUCCACUGUAAGACAUGCGACAUAAAAGACCCAAGUCAGAACAUUAACUGGGUGGCCCCAGAAGGAAGUGGUGGCCCAGCUUAUAAUGGAAUGUAACAAAAGUAAAGUUUCUAGGUAAUGACAUUUGUUUGAGAACAAUAGAACCCCAGGUACAGCAAACAGGAAAGACUGUACUUUGUAAUUUUCAGCAGUGUAUAUUGUACUGUAGCCUACAUGUUUCUAAGACUGAGUGUUUAUAGGUUUUUCAAAACUGCUGUAAGAUAUCUUUAUGAAAGUACAUAGUUGAUUUUUUUUAAUGAACCAAAUUAGUAUAAAGAUUGUGGGUAAUUUUAAUUCUUGAUUGUAUUCAGUUCUUUAUGAGACGUGUUUGUAGAAAACGAUGCUUAUUCUGUUUUCCUGUUCUAGUUGUAUUCUUUGCCACUUGCUUUAUACACCUUUGUGGUUCAAGUUUACUCCAUUUCACACUACUGAAACAUUACUUAUCAUAAGAUAUACUAUAUUAAUUGCUUGAAUUUAAAAAUUAAUGUGGAAUUUAGUGUAAAAUGUGAUGCAGUUAUUACUUUAACGUUAUUUCCUUUUGGUAGAAAUCAUAAAAAUUGAAUAGUAUUUGCUAUAUGUAUAAAAUUUAAUAUAAUAGUUUUGUAUAAAAAAUGAACAAGUAGCUAAUGUAUGUGUAAAGAAAAAACACUUAAAUGUUUAUAUCAAAUUAUUAUCUGUAUUUCCUGCACAUAUGAGAAGUUAAACCCAAUAUUUUCUGUAAUUGAAACACUUCACACAGUACGUGUUCCAAGUGAAACCUUUUACCCAGUACUUGCUGUAUGUGAAAAGUUUAUUGCAUCCUAUUCACAGUUGACAUUCUAUUGAAAAUCAAGUCCUGUGUGUCUCAUUGAUAGUUGAACCACACAUGUCCCAUUGACAGUUAUAUUCAUUGUUUAAUAUAUGCUUAAUAUUUUUGUGUCUGGUGCUAUAAGUAUAAAAAUAUAACAUAGGUAGGCUUACAAACAUAUAGGGGGUCAUCAUAAUAAGAAAUCUUCUAUAAGCAUGAAUGUACAUUCAGUUUUAUCUUUACUGAUAUUCUUAUAACACUGAAAGUAUCUCUAAAAUUCUGAAUCUAUAUUUAGUUUUAUACUUUCUGAAAAUUUCAUUAUUAGAAACAGCCAUUCAAGUUAAAUCAAUAACAUAGUUAGUUGUUGGUUAUAUUUAUAGUUACCAAGUGAAUAUUUUCCUUUAAAACAUGUAAAAAAAAAGAAAAAGAUGUCCAUUUACAGCACUCAAAAUUUAAGGGGCUGAACAACUCAAGUUUUUGAAAAUCAUAUUUUUGUUUGAUUGUUAUUCUUGACAAAGAAAAAAGGCCUAAAAAGUGAGUUUUUUUAGCCCAAUGUGUAAGGGUUUUUGGCAGAUUCAUUAUCCAUUAGUAAUUUACUGUUAAAUCACCUUUUAUCUGUAGGGCAGAUUUAUUUUUACUGUCAUUUUUGCUUAAAAUCUAUUUUAAUUUUUUCAGUAAAUUUUGCACUGUAUUUUUAAGAAUUCUUUAAAAUAUUGACUGUUCCAAAUUAGUAUGGGCAUGCAAAAUAAAAACUUGUAAAUUUAAAGCAUCCUCUAAUAAUAAUAAUAAUUAACACUCUUCCUUAUUUGUGAUAAUUCCUUACAAAAACCAAAACUUCAUUAAAUGAAAUAUAUGCUAAUGUUUAAAGCUUUUGAUAAAAUGCAUAUGUUACACUCUUUGACUCAAUCUCAAGAUUUGGCUGCUGUCUGCAAAAGAUAACCUUUUCAUGAAUUGAGCAUGUCAAAAUUAUCAAAGACCAAAAUGUGAUGUUAUAAUGCAGUUUUUGAACUACAGUUUGUGUAAAUCCUAGCAUUUGUUUCACUUUCUCCAUUUUAUUUUUUGUUUAUUUGGUAUCUUGCAUUUCACAGUUUAGCAAAAUAAAUUCUACAAACACUGAAAUAACAUUUUAUUUACAAAAUGUUAAUUUCUUUAGAUCAGUGACCAAAUCCUGACCUGGAGCAUAACAUAUACAACAGGUUAGGGCCUGCAAAACC